UAUCGAGUGAUGGGGCGCACUGUUCAUAUGGAAUACGUUGAAGAACACCUUAAAAACCUUAAGACAGACACAGGUGCACCGAAAUAUGAAUUUGGAGACACACAGGGCCGUCCAAAUAAUAUUGAUCUUGAAGUUCUWGCUGAUACAAUUUAUGUUAAGACUGCACUCAAGUUGCGAGGCAUCAAAAAGCUAACAAUGAUGAGCCGAGCAGUGUUGUUUCUUCAAGGAAGCAAACUUGAUCUCAGGGCUCCAUCUGUAGAGCAAAAUUUCCCCGAUCAAAGUGGUGGUCAAGAUGGACAUGACGGAAAACAUGGAGUUGACGGGCCUACAGUGGAGAUCUACGCCAAUUCAGCCUCUGGUCAAAUAAGMAUUGAAUCAAGUGGUAGCAAUGGAAACAGAGCUCAAAAUGGCAAAGAUGGAAAUACGGGUGACAGGAACGUAGAAACGCAACCAAACGUUGAUCCAAAUGACUGUCCUAAGGUAGCUAUAAAGAGUGGGAGGGUUGUCACUGGAUGUGGUAACAUCAAAGGAGCGAAGGGAGCAAAAGGUGGUAGAGGAGGAAGUGGAGGAUACGCCGGGAGAUCUGGCAAUGGCGGGAACGCCGGACGGCAAGCUCUUCACAUCAAUCAGCUUGGAAAUAUUGAUCUCAAAACAUGCAGUGGGACUGGAGGACAGGCGGCUAAAAAUGGACGUGCAGGUCCUGGUGGACAAGGAGGACCAGGAGGACUUGGUCUUUCAUGCACAAUUGAUGAGGAAUGUUAUGGUUUCUCAUUAUAUGGGGAUUGUGAAACUUUCUGUCGCAGAACAGGUCAACCGCGAGGUCCAACAGGAGAUACUGGUGAUCCAGGCAACAAAGGAAAUGCUUUGCUUGUACCCGGGACAAAUGGACAAGUGGAACAGUCGUAUCUCACAAAGCAAAGCCUUGGAACCAGCGCUUUAAGCAAAUUUCCAUUGGAUUUAAUCACGCUAAUGACAAGAAUGGCUGAGGACCGCGUUUGGGCGAAUGACGUCGCCAUGGCUGAGUCAAUACUCAAUUUCGUCGUUACCUUGACACAAGGAAGAGAAGAUGCUGCAGCAAUAAGAAAAUUUGCCAAGCAUAGGUUGGCCUUCUUGAACAAACCAGGGUUUGAUCGAUUUGGAAGGAACGUGCUCUUUGCUCCUUUGAUGAAAUGGCAUGCUUUCAGAGAUACAGUUGUACAAAUUCGAGAUUACGCCAGAGAUUAUGAAACUGCAUACAAUACAAUUCAGGCAUCGAUAGAAAGACRUGAAACAACGAAACAAAUUUUACAGGCGUUACCACARUCGGCUGAAAUUCAAGUAAAAAAUGAAAAGGAAAGGCUUAUAGAAGCCAGGAGAGUUGCACUCACUGAGAAAAAUGCUUAUGUUCCUGCCAUUAAAGAACUAGAAGCAAGCAUGGAGAGCAAUCUUGAUGUGAUUAUUAGACAAAUUCCCCAAGUGCACGAGUCAGCAUCGUUUGACAGGCCCGACGUUUUUGCCAUUCUGCAAGCUGUUACAGGAUUUGCUAGCGCUGCUGCAGAAGGGGAUGUAUUWGCAGCARUUGAUACUGCUAUUGGAUUAGCCGAGCAUUAUCUUACAAAGUGCAWCACCGGUACUUUGGAGGMGAACCUCGCUAAGGUGAAAAAAUGGAUGASUUUUGGURARGCAUACAGGGCACUUGAGGAUUCCAGUGAACUGGAUUUUGAMCAAAUGGACGUAGRGGCCGUUCCAGAAGUSAUGAUGGUAAUAAGUUAUAAUCAUAAUUGGGCAUAA